AUGAUGCGUGCUGCAAUAUUAUGGACGAUAGAUGACUUUCCAGCUUAUGGUACAAUAUCUGGGUGGAGCACAAAAGGCUACAAGGCAUGUCCUGUUUGUAAUGUGGAUGCUUCUUCGUUUCCGAUAUUAGGUAAGAUUAGUUAUAUGGGGCAUCAUCGUUUUUUGCCUUUGGAUCAUCCAUGGCGCAAAGAUAAACGAUAUGAUGGUAAAAUUGAGAAUUGUCCUCCUCCUAAAUUAUUAUUAGAAGAUGAUGUCUUAAAACAGUUAGAUAUUGUUGAUGAAUUUAUACCAGGAAAAAUACCAAAAGAAGAUAAUGGAGAAUUAUCCGAAGAAGUUACAAGAAGUCAAAAGAUACUGAAAAAGCACGACUUGCACUACAACAAAAAUAUUGUAUACCGGCAGAACUAUUACCGGCGGAGCCAGUUCGCCGUUAAUAAUACUAUCUUUACCGGCGGAAAACUGAGUCCGCUGAUGGCGAUUGACAAGACUUGGACGACAUUAAGAAAUCGUGCUUGUCGAGAAUAUUGGAACGGUCUACAAGCUUUUUUGACGAUGGCGUCGGAAUAUAAGGAUUCCUCUGGUUACGAAAAGUGGAUAUAUCACGGUGAAGGAGAAGCAGAUGUUGCCAAUGUGGUGGACGCCAACGAUGAUGAUGUUGAUGAGAUGAUUCCGAUGGUCGAAGACUUCCUUCUACCUACAACCGAAGAAGUUGAAAAUAAUCCUGCGGCGGGACAAUUUUAUGACGAUCUGUUUGACGAGAUAGAGGCUGAGUUAUAUCCUAGUUGUAAUUGGAUAUCUUCUCUUAACUUUUUAGCAAAAUUAUUGCAUUUGAAAGUUAGAGGCAAGAUUCCGAAUAAAAUCUUCGAUGAAUUACUGAAAUUACUAAAGCUUGCAUUUCCGAAGGGAAAUAAAAUUCCAUCAACCUACUACGAGGCUAAAAAAAGAUUACAGAAAUUAGGGUUAGGGUAUGAGUCAAUUCAUGUAUGUGAACAUGAUUGUUGUUUGUUUUACAAAGAGCAUUCAACUAAAGAGACUUGUCCAAUUUGCGGAAGUAGUAGAUGGAUUUCUCCUGAAAAAACUGAUGGAAAAGAGGUACCACAUAAGGUGAUGCGUUACUUUCCAUUGACUUCUCGAUUAAAAAGACUAUACAGUUCAAGACUUACAGCGAAGCAAAUGUUAUGGCACUAUACUGGGAAAUCAAAAGAUGAUGGGAUAAUGAGACACCCAGUGGAUGGGUUAGCGUGGAAGGAUUUCGAUGCCAAACAUCCUGAUUUUGCUAGUGAACCUCGGAAUGUUCGUUUAGGUUUAGCUGCAGAUGGUUUCAAUCCGUUUGGCAACAUGAGUCAAGCAUAUAGUAUGUGGCCUGUGGUGUUGGCUAACUACAAUCUUCCACCUUGGAUGUUUAUGAAAGAUAAUAAUUUCAUAUUAUCCAUUCUUAUUCCUGGACCAAAAUCACCGGGAAAGGACAUGGAUAUAUUCUUGAGACCAUUGGUGGAUGAGUUAAAGGAGUUGUGGGUUAAUGGUGUCGAUACAAGAGAUAGUAUAACCAACACUAUGUUCAAAAGAUUCCUUCCAAGUAACCAUCGAAUGAGAAGAGACACUCAGUUUGACGGACAAAUCGAGAGAAGACGUCCACCAAUACGUUUUACUUGUGAGGAAAUAUUAGAACAAGUAAACAAACUUGUACCACAAGUUCCUGGAAAACACGAGAUGUUUGGAGGUGUCAAACGUAGGCGUAUUGCAGAAUAUCAAAAUUGGAGGAAGAAAAGCAUAUUUUAUGAGCUUGAUUAUUGGUCUUCGAACACUUUAAAACACAACAUUGAUGUCAUGCAUGUGGAGAAGAAUGUGUGUGAUAGUUUGUUAGGCACAAUCUUGGAUAAUGAUAAAUCCAAGGACACCACUAAUGCAAGACAUGAUUUGAAAAAGUUUGGAGUAAGGGAAUCGUUGUGGAUAUAUGAAGAUGACAGCGGAAAGUUAAUGAAGCCUCAUGCCCCUUAUGUUCUCACAUCUGAUCAAAGAAUGCAGUUUUGUAAAUUUAUUCGAGAUGUGAAAUUUCCAGAUAAUUUUUGUUCCAAUUUAAAGAAGAAAGUAAAUGCUGAUUUAACAAAUAUCAGCGGUUUAAAGUCCCACGACAGUCAUGUAAUAAUGCAACGAUUACUAUCAGUGGGUGUUCACAAGUUUCUUUCAAAGAGUAUAUCGACUACCAUUUCUGAGUUAUGUAACUUUUUCAGGCAAAUUUGUGCAAGAACUAUAAAGGUUAGAGAUAUGGAGGAAGCACAAAAAGAUCUUAUUCUAAUAUUAUGUAAAAUGGAACUCAUAUUUCCUCCAGCCUUUUUUGAUAUAAUGGUGCAUUUGAUUUUACAUUUGCUUGAAGAAGCAAUUCUGGGUGUUGAAACAAGAUUUAAUCGUCUUGAUCGCAAUGAAGAUGAGGUGACACCAAGAAAUCUUUUUGUAUUUCAAUCGCAAUGUCGACCUAUAACAAAAGAAACUCUAAAGCCUCUUGAUCGUGCGACUCGUGAACAAGCAGAGUGUGAACACUUAGAAGAAAUCAAACAGAAAUAUCAGGAUGGAGAUCAUAACAUUUUACAUAAGAAAUAUUUUCAGCGAUGGUUUCACAAGAAGAUAUACGACUUACAAAAGCUUGGAUCGUUAGAUAAUGGUGACGAGUUGCUAGCUUUAACAUCUGGAUCAGAUCAUUUAGGAGCUUAUUAUGAAGGUUGUAUAGUGAAUGGUGUUCGAUUUAUGUCAACCAAACGAGAUUUAAAGAGGAGCACUCAAAACAGUGGAGUAUUUGUUGCUGGAAUAGAAGAUUUUAACUAUUAUGGAAUACUUGAAGAAGUAUUAAAGUUAACAUUUACUGGCACAUAUUCUGUGACAUUGUUCAAAGGAAAUCAGUGGAAAGUUGUUGAGGGUGUAAACCAUCGACAAAUUUGGGACGUCGAGAACUAUGAAGCUAAUUCAGACAUUGAUGUGGUACAUGAUAUUAGCUCAUCAAAUUUUGUGUUGACUGUGGAUCUCGGCGAGUUGGUUAUGCUACCUACUCAAAAUUCGAUUGACAUUAGUACAGUACAAAAUUUAAAUGUUAGUAAAGAGGAUCACGAGUUAGGCGAUGAAGAAGCAGAUGAAGAAUUAGAUGAAGAAGAUGAUUUAUUAAUUGAUUUUUGUGAAGAUGAUGUUAAUGCUAAUUUAGUUAAUGAUGGAAGUGAUAGUGAUUAUUAG